AUGAAAGAAAGAAGAGUACUAUACACAGACAUGAUGAAGCUUAGUACUACUAACAACAGUAAUGCCAACACUCACACUCUCAGGCUUCACCACCGCUUACGGCCAUGCCUACUCGCCCUCAUAAUCACCACCGCCGCGUUUAUCACACUCGCCGCCACCAAAACAAUGACCAACAUCAACUACAACAAAGUCUCCUCACUCCUCAACCGCAAGCCCUGUCCUCCGCCGGACCCCGUUGCGAUGGCCAAGGCGGCCGAGUACAAGGCGAAGCCGACUCAGCUCCUCGCCAUAAUCCACUACGCCACGUCAUCAACCGUUCCACAGCAAUCGAUCGACGAGAUCCGCGUGUCGUUCGACGUUCUACGCGCCGUCGGACCAUGCAACUUCCUCGUCUUCGGCGUCGGACGCGACUCUCUAAUGUGGACCUCCCUAAAUCCACGUGGCGCUACCUUAUUCCUCGAGGAAGAUCCGGUUUGGGUCAAUACGGUGCUCCGAGAUGCUCCGAUUCUGAGAGCACACCCGGUUAAAUACAGGACUCGAUUAUCCGAAGCCGACGAGCUAAUUUCGAGCUACAAAGCCGAGCCGGAUUGUUUGCCGUCUUCGGCUCGGCUCAGUCCCGGUAGCCGGUGCAGAUUGGCGCUGACUGAGCUGCCUAGCGAGGUGUACGAUAGGGAGUGGGAUUUGAUAAUGAUCGACGCGCCGAGAGGUUAUUUUGCGAAGGCGCCGGGGAGAAUGGCGGCGAUUUACUCAGCGGCGGUUAUGGCACGUGCGAGAGUUGGGGCUGGGCUGACGCACGUGUUUGUUCACGACGUGAAUAGGAGAGUGGAGAAGAUGUUUGCGGAGGAGUUCCUGUGUGGGAAGUACAGGGUUAGAGCCGUGGGGAGGCUCUGGCAUUUCGCCAUUCCUCCCGCUGCUGCUGACGUCAGCAAUGCUACUACCUUCUGUUAAUGUGAAAAUUAAUAUAUGGUAUAAUUUUUCAAUUAGGAAAAAGAAAAAUCAAUGUAUUUUUUCAAAAAGUUUCUAUGAUCAGCAUAGUGAUAAUAAGAUUAUAAUAAUAAAAGAAGGUGUACUAUCAGAUUAUUAAAAUGGUUAGGUAAAUUAUACAAA